AUGCGUACAGAUAUACCUUUCAGGACUUGGACAGAGAAACAGAGACAGAAACGGGGCCAGGGCCAAAAGGAGAGACAGAGACAGAAACAGGGCCAGAGACAGGGCCAGAAACAGAGACAGAAACAGGGCCAGGGCCAAAAGGAGAGACAGAGACAGAAACAGGGCCAGAGACUGGGCCAGAGACAGAAACAGGGCCAGGGCCAAAAGGAGAGACAGAGACAGAAACAGGGCCAAAAGGAGAGACAGAAACAGGGCCAGGGCCAAAAGGAGAGACAGAGACAGAAACAGGGCCAGGGCCAAAAGGAGAGACAGAGACAGAAACAGGGCCAGGGCCAAAAGGAGAGACAGAGACAGAAACAGGGCCAAAAGGAGAGACAGAAACAGGGCCAGGGCCAAAAGGAGAGACAGAGACAGAAACAGGGCCAGGGCCAAAAGGAGAGACAGAGACAGAAACAGGGCCAAAAGGAGAGACAGAAACAGGGCCAGGGCCAAAAGGAGAGACAGAGACAGAAACAGGGCCAGGGCCAAAAGGAGAGACAGAGACAGAAACAGGGCCAGGGCCAAAAGGAGAGACAGAGGCAGAAACAGGGCCAGAGCCAGAAACAGAGGCAGAGACAUAAACAGGGCCAGGAACAGAGACAGAAACAGGGCCAGAGGCAGAGACAGAAACAGGGCCAAAAGGAAAGACAGAGGCAGAAACAGGGCCAGAGCCAGAAGGAGAGACAGAGGCAGAAACAGAGGCAGAGACAUAAACAGGACCAGGAACAGAGCCAGGGCUAG